AUGAGAGAACACGAUAAUUCCUAUCAUAACAGUAGUGCCGAAUUCAUCAUGAAAGAUCACCAUCAUCACCGUCCAUCUUCUUCUCUCUCCGGUAAGAAGAGAAAAGAAACCGAAUCAUCAUCUUCAGGUAUCAACAACAACGAUAACACUCCUCGUGCUUGUACUGAAUGCGGCAGGAAAUUCUGGUCAUGGAAAGCUCUUUUCGGUCACAUGCGUUGUCAUCCUGAACGUCAAUGGCGAGGUAUCAAUCCUCCUCCGAAUUUCCGACGACAUCAACAGCAUCAACAAUAUCAACAACAACAACCGCGUAUUCACAGUCACAGUCCUUCUCAGUUUUCCAUCAUGACGCCGGAAGAUCACGAAGUUGCUUCUUGCUUGCUUUUACUUGCAAAUUCAAAUUCGAAGACGAACAACAACAGCAUCAACAAAACGGCGAAGCUUAAGGCGGUUGCGGCGGUUACUACGGUAGAUGAUUCAUCGUCGGUUAUGGAUCAAGAGAUUAACAAUAGUAAUACUCAUUUUGUGUGUUCGUGUUGUAACAAGGUGUUUGGAUCGCAUCAGGCUCUUGGAGGACACAGAGCAAGUCACAAGAAUGUCAAGGGCUGUUUCGCCAAUACAACUUCUUCGCCAGCCACAACAGUAACCGCUUCCACUAGUAAGAUGUUGACGUGGACACAACAAACUCAAGGUGGCGGCGGAGAACAUGCUUUUGGUGGUGGUGGUGGUGCUGAUCAUCAUCACGAUGAAUAUAACCACCACUCGAUGAUGAAUUUGAUGACGGUGCCUCGUGACGGUUACAAUGCUGACGUGGAAGGAGAAGCGGUUAAUGAGAAUAGUGGAGGACAUAAGUGUGGAAUAUGUUUGAGGGUAUUUACAACUGGACAAGCACUUGGUGGACAUAAGAGGUGUCAUUUUGAUUCAUCUAAUUCUAAUUCUAAUUCUGUUGCACCAACAACUUCUAACAAAUCAUCAUCUCUUAAUGUUGAUUUGAACUUCCCUUUUCCACCUCUCCCUCCUCCACCACCUUCUCCUCCUGACGAUGAUGAGCCUUCUCUCACUCUUGAUUUGAAGUUAGGACUUUGA